AUGGAGUAUUUCCUUACAAGAUUUACAGUUUACGGAAGUCCAUUUUAUAAUCUCAAUGCUGGUAGAGAUCAUACUGAUUGGGAGAAUCAAUCCAGACUUAGAAAGGCUUUGAGUAGAUUUUAAUAAUCAGAAGAGGGACAAGCAUUACCUAAAAAGUUUACAGAUUAAUAAAUUAAAGGAAUUAGAUGGGGAUUACCAGUUGUUGGUCUUUUCUUUGGCAGAUUUAUUGGUGAUAUUUAUUGUGCUUAAUCAUCGAUCUACAUGAAGGGCAUUUUUGCAGUUGUAGGAUUAACUGUUUUUAAUAAAAUUGGAAUGGAUAUCAGGAAUGACAAUGAAAUCUCAUAUUGGACAUCCAAUUAUCCCAAGUUGCCAUCAGACAUUCAGAAGGCUCUUAGUUAUGGUGAUGCUAGAUACACCGGAAGAUGGAUUGAUUGAUUUAAUAUUGCAAUAAUAUAAAAAAUAAAUAAAAGAGAAAUAUUGACUUAUAA